AUUACAUGCACUGCUGAAGCACGAUACACGACAUCAAAUGCCGAAUGGUGCUCGUCUGUGAAAAGCAAUGUUGUAAUUCCUUCAAUAAAGUGCCCACCCGUAAAUGGUACAAUUACAGUCAUAGAAGGAGGAGAGGAACGGUUCCUUCAGAUACAAGUGACAGUUCCGCCAUCUCUACUCUGUAGACCAGAAGAUAACGGACAAUGUAGGGUCGAGGUUUCAACUACAAUCACAUCAGAGCUUACAGAUCUAAGAUGUUCUGUGAAAGAAAUUAUACCUCAAGCAGUUCUAGGUGUGUCUACUGUUGGACAGAGUGGAUCGCUAUCUUGUGGUGUAGCAAUUACUUCAGGCAACUGGAAUAGUAAUAUAACCAUCCCUAUCAAGGCAACAAUUGAGGGCAUUAAAGAUGGCGACCGCCACAGAAAACUCAAAAUUGCUGUCAGAAUAAUUGGCCAGGUCAUACCAACAACAACAGUUGAGACCUGUGGAGACAUUGAUUUAGUAGUUAUAGACAGAGGCGAUGGGGCCACCUGUUCUUCAGUCAAUGAUCCACACAUGAAGACAUUUGAUGACACUCACUAUAACAACUUCCUAACUGGAGAGUUUGUAUUGUACAAACACAAAAUCUUGCCAUAUGAGGUACGUGCAUUGUAUGAGCCUUGCAACCCCAAGCAGCCAAAGGGUGCAACGUGUAACUGUGGGGCUGCAGUCAGAUCAGGAGAUGAUGUGAUCACCUUUGAUACAUGUAACACAAGGCAGAACAAGAUUAUAACAACAGGGAAAAGUGUCAUCACUGUAGACAUGUACAAGAAUGGAGAGCUUACGCCCGGAACUAGAGUCUUAACCCACUGCACUUGUAGUCAGAAGUAUGAGGUAAUUUUACCAACAGGAGCAACAGUCGUCAUUACUGGCAGUGUCAAGCCAUUCCUGAAUAUCAACAUACAGGCAUCUUCUACUGACUUUGAGAGUACUGAAGGUUUGUGUGGUCUCUUCAAUAACAAGGGUUCAGACGAUCUUAAUGGAUACACUGUCAAGAAUCCAAAUGAAUUCAACAAACAGUGGCUACGUAAUGUAACAAUAUUCAAAGGUGUCCCAGCAUUGACAACUCCUGUUCCUGCAAGACCCACUUUCUGUUCCUGUCAAAGUGGACAGCAGCCAGUCUGUCAACCUGGGCUUGAUGUUUACAGAUGUCCGAGUGGAGUUACAUCAGGGACGGAUAUAACAGCAACGCUGGUCAGCCAAGCAAAAACCCCAGCAGGUCAAGUCAGAACUCUUGUAAACCAAGUUCCCAGCAGAGGUAGAAGAGCAGUGGAUACGACAAAUGUCCAGAAUCCAGCUGUCCUCAAUGAUGAAAAUGUGUUUACAGAAGAAACUGCACUACAAUAUUGUCAGAACUAUAUAGAAAAUAGCCCAGUCAUUCAACAUUGUCUGAACCAUCUUCGAGACGAUGCUCUGAACGAAAGUAUUUAUAACUGUGCUGAAGAUCUGGUGGCUCUAAACGAAACAGAGUGGGCAACUGCGCAUGUUGACGACCUUAUUCUAGAAUGCUUAGCAGAUGUUCAGGCUAAUGCUACAACAUGGGAGAACAAUGAGAAUAUUGAUGGUCCCAAUGUCCCAGCUUAUAUCACCAAAUCUUUGUGUACACAAAACUGCAGCGAACAUGGUUCUUGUGAAAACAGUAUUUGUAAGUGUCAUGAUGGCUGGAUUGGUGACACCUGCCAGAUUGGAUCAACAACUACACCAACAGUACUACCAGCCACAGAAACGUGUGAUUUGAGUGCAUCUUCUUGUAACAGAAUAUUAGUUGAGGGAAAUAACUUUGUUCCCACUGGCAAUCUCACCUGCAACAUUAGAUAUAUUACAAUUGGUGAAAAAGUUUCUGAAACAGCAGAGGUAUACACAGUUCCUGCAAGCUAUAUCAGCAUGAUACAAGUUGUCUGCCCAGAGAAUACUCCACCAUCCUUACCAAGUCGCAGUGCCAUAGUUACUGUUAGCAACAAUGGUGUACAAUACAGUGGCAACAGCCACAUUCAUGUUGUCCAGAAGUCAACAUGUCAGGCUUGCACUGUGGCAGAGAAUAUUAAUGGUGUUUCCUGCACUUGGAAGCCUGGCUCCUGUGUUAUAGACAAUCAGUGUUAUGCUCGCUAUGAACCAUUCGGGGGUGAUGCCUGCUAUAGAUGUGAUCCGGAUGUCAGUAUUCAGAGAUGGACUAAAGUAAAAGACCCGAACUGUACCAAUGCUGAAGCGGAAUUUAAACAAGCUGACGACUCAUCAGCUGUUAACACAACCAUCAUAGUUCUGGGUGUGGUAUGUGGAAUACUGGCCUUGGCAACUGUGGCAAUCAUCGUGUUUAUAGUUAGGUCUAAAAUGAGAAGAGGCUUAAAAUUGCAAGGUCUUUGGGAAGGAGAAAGUUCUGACAUCUUUCACCGUCGAACAAUAGCUUCAAGUGCUGAUGUUUCAGGACAGUCAGAUGCAGCCCGCAUAAAUGCCUUCUACAAUCCAGCAUUGGCUAGCACUAGCCGGGUAGAUCCCACAAUAGACUGA